AUGUCAUUGGCUCGAACGAUGAUGAGGGGUGUUUUCUCUCCAGGAUCGGUGCGGAACGUUUAUACGAGAACUGCUAGAAAAUUUGUCGAGGUGCAGUUACUACAAGACGUGCCUGGAAUCGGCGUCAAGGGUCAACUAUUGAAAGUCAAGCCAGGGUUUAUGAGAAACUACCUACAUAUCGACAACAAAGCCUGCUACGUGACACCAACCACCCCGCCAAGAAUAGAGGUGGUGGACAUUGAGGAACUCCGGUUGAAGGAAUUGCAAAAACAAGAAAGGAUGUUGAGGUUGAAGAAGCAGGAGGAGGCCCUUGCAUCCAAGCAAGAACAAGAACAAAAAGAGCCAGUGGCAGGAGGAGAAGCUGAAGCCUUGUCCCUUGACGACCUUUCGGACAUAUUCUCGAGCAUGAAGUCGUCCUACAGGAGAACGCAAAAACCUGAACUCGAUCUCCAGUCCAACUCGCCUGAGCUCGACUUUGAAAUUGCCCUAGAUGAAACCCGCAAAGCUGGCUUGAAAAGCGUCGAGGAGUUGCUGCAGGAAGAAGCGGCAAAUAAGAAUGAUAUCAAGAUUAAGAGGACAACAAGUAAAGGAACACUUCCUGCGAUGGUGACGUUCAAUGCGUCAUCAAUACCCAUUGGCAAAGAGAGCAUUGCUAUCAAGUUGAGCGAGCUAGGUGGCAAGCCGAUCAACCCAAACACCGUGCAACUAAGCUACAUUGACACGCCCGACACGCCAAUCACCAACAUAACAGAAGUCGGUAGAUACAACGUGAAGAUUGAAUCUUUCACUACGGGAAACAACGGCGAAACCGUCAUUUUGGAAGUAGAAUAG